AAGAAAAGAAAGUCAUAGAAACAGUGCUGGAGGAAGAAAGAAGGGCUAAAGAGAGCGCAGAAAAAGCCCGAAGACAACUUGAAAAUCGUAUGGAAGAACUUAUAGCAAGGAAAAGCAAGUUUAUGUGCUUUUAA